UAUAAAAACCAGAAUACAAGAAGCAAAGUGGCUGGUCAGACCAUCGAAAUGGGGGUUUUGGCCCCUAGUAAAUGCCGUAAUACAAGCGGCGAUACACGCCACCAGCAGCUCCAGGAAAUUUCUCUACCUAUCUCUCCUGCGCUUCCUUGCACCAUUACUCUGGUGUGAAGGAGAAUAAGAAAUGUCGAGUUGCGCGUAUUGCAGACCUGUAAAUUUGGCAAAAGCCGUGAAGAACAAUUUCGUUUCAUCAAGAAGAACUCGGGUUGAUAUGGGAAGGGUACCGUUUUAUAGAGAUGGUGGUGGUGAAAGAUUUAUGGGUUCAAUGGCUCGUGGCGUGAGAGCUUCCAUGGUGGAUUCUUCUGAAAGCUCUUCCGAUUUUGUUAAGCGCACAGAGCAGGCUUGGCUAAUCUCUCAGCAACCAAGGCCUGUUUCUUGUUCAACUUGUAACUCAAAUGGGCAUGUUGAAUGCAAAUGGUGUGGAGGCACAGGGUUCUUCAUGAUUGGAGAUAACAUGCUCUGCCAUGUGCAUUCCAGAAACAGCGACUGCGUUAUAUGUGCUGGAAAGGGAUCAAUGUGCUGCUCCGAUUGUAAGGGAACAGGGUUCCGUGCAAAAUGGUUGGGAGAGCCUCCGAUCCACAAGUAAUGUCACUGGCUUGUAUGUUGCUGAUCAGGUUGAACAACUUUGCAUAAAGAGUGACAUCAGUUUUCAUCUUUGUUGUCUAUCCUUCUUUGCCUUUUUUGUUGGAAUCUCAUGGUCUUGUUAAUAUGACAAUGGACUCCCACUCCAAAGAGGAAAUCACAUCCCGUGUCACAAAGCCAACCAUCUUAUAUCCAUUAACAUUUUUGUAUUCUUUCAAAUUUGUACACAAAUAUAACUUCACCCCUGUUUUUUGGGUGUCUCCUACUUAACCUCGUGUUCUGUUGGUUAAUAUCAAAGCUAUAUUUGAUGACA